GAGGGGGACUGGGCGCCCGACCCCCAAUCGCGCGGCUGCCUCAAGCUCAGCAGGGCUGUAAGGGAGCCGGGCCCGCCGACCGCUGACCGAGACGCUGGCUGGAGCCGUCCCCGGCCGCAACACCCCCACUUUCCAACUCCAAGGUCCCCGCAGCGCGCGAGAGGUGCAGCCGGCUCCGGACGCAGGCAAGGCGCGGGCCGCGGGCCGCGGGGAGCGAGGCUCCGGGCCCGAUUUGCGGGGCGCAAGGUGUGUGGAAUCUGGAUCCCUAAAACUUGUUCUCCCAGAGAACAGAGGCCAUGUCUAGAACUGGCCAAAUUUAUAUGUCUCAGAGAAUGUGGAGUCUGCCUGUGAGGUGCCCAUUUGGGAUCAGAGACCCUGGAGUAUGGCCAUGAGUGUGGGCCCCAGCUGUGCUUUCUCCUCUGAACAGGCCUCUCGUCUGAUGAAAAGAGAAAGGAAGAAUGGACUACAGUCACCAAACUUCCCUAGUCCCAUGUGGACAAGAUAAAUACAUUUCCAAGAACGAACUUCUUCUGCAUCUGAAGACCUACAACUUGUACUAUGAAGGCCAGAAUUUGCAGCUCCGACAUCGUGAGGAAGAAGAUGAGUUCAUCGUGGAGGGGCUGCUGAACAUCUCCUGGGGGCUGCGCCGGCCCAUUCGUCUACAAAUGCAGGAUGACAAUGAACGCAUUCGCCCUCCUCCAUCCUCUUCCUCUUGGCACUCCGGCUGUAACUUAGGAGCUCAGGGCACUAUCCUGAAGCCCCUCACCAUGCCCAACAUUCCAAUCUCAGAGGUGGAUGCCCUGCCUGAGAAUGAUCAGACAUCAAGUCCCACAGACUCCAGGGCCCUGAAGUCCCUGCAGGAAGACACCCCACAACUGAUGCGCACACGCAGUGAUGUUGGGGUACGUCGUCGUGGCAAUGUGAGGACACCCAGCGACCAGCGGCGAAUCAGACGCCACCGCUUCUCCAUCAACGGCCAUUUCUACAACCACAAGACGUCGGUGUUCACGCCGGCCUAUGGCUCCAUCACCAAUGUCCGCAUCAACAGCACCAUGACCACUCCACAGGUCCUGAAGUUGCUGCUCAACAAAUUUAAGAUUGAGAACUCAGCGGAAGAGUUUGCUUUGUAUGUGGUCCAUACCAGUGGUGAGAAACAGAAGCUGAAGAACACUGAUUACCCCCUGAUUGCCCGGAUCCUCCAGGGCCCAUGUGAGCAAGUCUCCAAAGUGUUCCUUAUGGAGAAGGACCAGGUGGAGGAAGUCACCUAUGAUGUGGCUCAGUAUAUAAAGUUUGAGAUGCCUGUCCUUAAAAGCUUCAUUCAGAAGCUCCAAGAGGAAGAAGAUCGGGAAGUAAAGAAGCUGAUGCGCAAGUACACUGUGCUCCGGCUAAUGAUUCGGCAGAGGCUGGAGGAGAUAGCCGAGACCCCAGCAACAAUCUGAGCCACAGGGAGGGGAUCCAGACGCCGUGGAGGGCAUUGUUGACCUGAGAAGACUCACAUGAAGCUGGGCGCCUUCCAUGGAAACGUUUAAAUGCAAACCUUUCCAGCUCCCAAACCACCAUGGAGAAGCCAGCAGACAACUAACUCCCUGACCUUUUUUUCCCUGCUCCUUUCCUUUACUCACGAGGACUUUCCAUUUUUAUUAUAAGAAGAACCCAAAAUGUGUGUGUGCACGUGUGUGUGCACAUGGUACACAUCCACAUGCCCACAUGAUAUAUUCACAUGCAAUUCAAUUCCAAGCAGCCAGCACAGGUGCUAUGAGGCUGGCAGAUAUUCUGCUUGUGGGCAGGAAAAUCAGAGGAGUCACCGAUCUGAGGGGUUUUAGGUUGAAGAAAAGAUUUCUCCCCUCAAGUGCCAGGGAGCAGCCAUACAUGUCUGCUUGUGUUUAGAAGGGGAAGUAGGCCCAGCAAACUCACCAUUUGGGGUAUUUUUAUGUUAAUAGAUACUCUCCCUGUAUCCCUAGGAAGGAUCUGCAAGUGUGAGAUCCUUGGCAGUUAACAAAUUAAUUAACAAACCAUGCCCUUGGGGCAGUUCUGAUGGAAAGAAAAAGAUAAACCAUCAGUGGGGUAGAUGCAAUAAGCCCACAGGUUUUUACACUGGAAACUUCAAUUGUUUUAAAUAACAAGGACAUAUGUGAUGGUCUGUGUGGAUGCCAGUAAAGAAUGGAUUCUGCCUCCGCCCCCACCUCCCUGGCUACCUCUAGGAGAUAGGGGAGCCUGAUGUUUGUCUCAGCAUGCCAAGCUGAUGACCCCAACUCUUUGGGGCCUCCCUGAGUUGAAAGAAGUAUCUUAUGAAACAGGCCUCACUGGUUUGUACAUGGCACCUGGUCUUGUAUGGCUGGGAAGUUUCCCUCCUUAGAGAAAUGUGGAGGCUCCUCGCAGAAUGACAGGUGCCUGUAAACCCAGCCCAUUUUCAUAUCCAGUGGUCUUCUUGCACUUGGAGCUGAGGCCCUGCGUUUGCAAAGUCAAGGCUUAAUACUUUACAACCACUGGAUUUUUGCAAGUUGCCCUCACGUCGUGUGUGGAGAUGGACUCUAAGAAUGAAGACUUGUCCUGCUACUGACCAAGUGUGGGGUUAAGGGAUACUUCUUGGGCUGCCCCAUGAGAGUGUGUAGAUAGGAUGGAGCUUCU